AUGAGUGAAUCACAAUCAGAAAUUGAGCAUAAUAAUAAUAACUCGAAAUUGACUAAAAUUAGCCAACCUCCUACGGUUAGAAUAAUACCGCCGUUAAAUUUUUGCCCAGUAGAAAAGCAACUUUACAGGUCAGGACAGCCAUCAAUCAUAAAUCAGUCCUUCUUGCAAGACUUGAAUUUAAAAACCAUACUAUGGUUGGCCAGUGAGGAGCCACAGGAAGACUUUUUGGAUUAUUGUUCAAUGAACAAUAUUGCGGUUGAGUUCGUUGGCUUAAUGAACGAAUAUUCCUACCAGAAUGUGAACCCAUGGGAUGCAUUAAGCGAAGAUACCAUAAAGAAAGCAUUGGAAUUGAUAUGCAACAAAGAAAACUAUCCGCUAUUAGUGUGCUGCGGAAUGGGAAGACAUAGAACGGGAACUGUUAUAGGGUGUCUUAGGCGUUUACAGGGGUGGAAUCUUGCCAGCGUAAGUGAAGAGUACAGAAGAUUUACUGGUUCGAGGGGAGGACGUAUUAUGGUCGAAUUACUCAUUGAAAGUUUUGAUAUAAACUCAGUCCAGAUAGAUCCUACAAAAAUGCCCGGAUGGCUUACAUGA